AUGUUAUCAAAAUUUGGACAAGGUAGAAGGAAGACAUUUGAUUCGAGAGUUGGGAGCUUUCCUCAAUAAUACUGCUAUUUUGCAUAAACAAACUAUAUACAAAAUGCCUAAGAAAAUGGGAAUGAAUUCAAAAGCAGUAGAGGCGCGUGAACGUAAAGAUGCCACUAAGAAGGCCGUCAACGAGCGUAAGGCAAAAGAAGCAGAAGACCGUCUGUGGCAAGACGAUGACAAAAAUCUGGCCAAAAAGCAACAGCGCCGCGAAGAAGAAGAGAGAAAACGGGCUGAAGCUGUCCGUCGUAAAGCUGAAUCAAAAGCCCUGUUGGAUCAGGAAGUUAACUCAAUAAACACCCAGCGUAAACAACCAUUGGCGAAAAUUAAUCGCCAACAAAUUCUUAGCGAGAUGGAAAAAAAACAACGCGUAAUGGAUGCAAUCAACGAAGCUAACAAACCUGCAGCCACUCGUGUGGUAAUACAACACAACACCAUUGAGGAGAAUCUGAACAGGGCUCUAGCUGAUACCGACGUAGCCACAAAUGUUGACGAGGCACUAGCAGUGCUAAGUGUCAAGGACGAUGAAGACAAGCAUCCAGAAAAGCGAAUGCGAGCAGCUUAUAAGACAUUCGAAGCCAAUAAUAUGCCUCGCAUCAAGGCUGAAAAUCCUUCAUUGCGUAUGUCUCAAUGGAAGCAACUUUUGAUGAAGGAGUGGAACAAGUCGCCAGACAAUCCAUUCAAUCAAGCCUCUUAGAAGCUCGCGGUCUGUUUAAAUUGUGAAUUUAAUAUAGUACUUUGUUCGAUUGUCGAAUUGCAAAGCAGAAAGAUCGU